AUGUCUCAUCUCGAGCAGGUGCCGGCGACCAUCUUCCAAGCUGGCCCCGGCAACCAAGCGCUAGGGGUCGCCAUCGUCGUAUUCAUGGCGAUCGCACUGUACAACGCCGUCGAGCUAGGAGUGCUGAUCCCGCUCAGUUUUCGCCGCUACCACAGUCUAUAUUUCUGGGCACUCCUCACAUCCACCAUACUGGGAGUCAUUCCAGCAACACUAGGCCCAGCAUUUCAAUUCUUCUCACUCACCCCACUAUGGCUAGCAUUGCUCCUAUCGAAUGUCGGAUUCGUAAUGAUGGUCCCGAAUCAAUCCGUCGUCCUCUACUCCCGCCUCCACCUCGUCUCACAGAGUCGGGUUGUACUCCGUUCCGUACGGUGGCUGAUAAUAUUCAGCGUAUUCUUCAUCGUCAUCCCAACAAUAAUCCUGAAUAUAGGCUCAGUCUACGUGCCCACGCCAAGCUGGACUCGAGGCUUUCAAGCCAUGGAACGAAUCCAGAUCACAUGGUUCUCAACGCAAGAAACGCUCAUCUCAACAAUAUACAUCUAUGACACGAUCCGAAUGAUCCGAAUUAGCCCCGCCGAAGACAAGAGGCGACAUAAGAUAUUAUACGAGUUGGUUGCGGUAAACGUGACUGCAAUCCUGAUGGAUACGAGUCUGGUGGUACUGGAGUAUGUGGGGUAUUAUUUCGCACAAGUUAUUCUCAAAGCAACGGUUUAUAGUAUCAAGUUGAAGCUUGAGUUUGCUAUUUUGGGGAUGUUGGUUUCGCUUGUACAUUCAAACGGGUCGCAGGGGGGUUGGGUUGGCAGGCCGAUUGCACUUCUUCUGGGUGGUCGUGAUUUGAUCUGUUUAUUAACUCAUAUCCAGAUGGGUAUCCAAGGACCAAAUUAUUAA